AUCACAGCUUGGCAGUGCUCUCCCCCGACGGCCCCGAGUCCCGACCGAAGCCUGCCGCGGUCUCCGUCGGCUUACCGCUGUGGCUCCCAGGUCCCCGCCCCCUCCUCCCCGCACGAUCCCAACUCCGGCUGCCUCCUGCCUCCAUUUGCCGGGGCCGUGACCCCUCUCCGGCCUCCUCCGGCGUACAACCUAACUCCUCUAGGGUGCAGCCGUCCAGCUCCACCCCCCGCCCUUCUCAUCCUAGGGCUUGUGCGACCCGGCGAGCUCGGUCCCUGCUCACCCAGUCUCGACUAUACCAAGUCACCAACCGAACCUCCGACCUGUGGAGCACAAGCCCUUGCAUACGCGUCGUUGCCGCCGCCGCGGCUAAGCCCUAGGCUGUUUCGUGCUAAACCCAACGCAGUUGGUCCAAUAUCAGGCCAUGGAGGGGGUUCAGGACAUACAAGAGUCAGAAACGGCAUCUGUUGUUAAAGUAUCUAGAGAGCCUGCCAUCAUUAUCAAUGGUGUCCCAGACUUGCCUUCUGAUUGCACAUCUGGUUUACAACUCGCAGUAAGAGAUGCUCCAGGAUCUCAAGUUGAUCCUCGAUUUGGUGAAUGGCUUGAAGGACGGAAAGUGAAGAAGCGUUUUGGAGACAAGUAUUAUGUGGGGAAUGUUGUCAAAUAUGACAGCGAAAGCAAUUGGUACAAUGUUGUCUAUGAAGAUGGAGACCGGGAAGAUCUUGAGUGGCAGGAACUGGAGGAGGUCCUGCUACCACUGGAUAUAAGCAUUCCGCUCAAAACACUUGUUAUGGACAAAUGCAAACUUCAGAGUAGAGUUUCUGGCUACCGACCUAAGGCAAGUAAACCAAAAAAAGUUUAUGCUAUAAGGGAAGCCAAGAGGAAUAAAAAGUCAGAUGUGAUUCCGGUGUCCCAAGGCAUAACUGUUAUGAGCAAUCAGACGAUGGUUGGGGUAGCGAAUAGCCAACAGUCAAAUAAUGUACCUGGGUUGGUUCUGGCUUCCGCGUCCAAUGAUGCUCAAGCAUGCCCGAACACUAGUAGUCAACCUAGAAAAAGGGGCAGGCCUCGAAAAGAGCCAACUAUAGCCGAUGAUAAUAAGAGCCGCGCAACGACAGCUAAGGCAGAAAGACUGAAGAGAGAACAACUGCGUGGUCAAAGCAGAUGAUAGUGCCCAUUAGAGCCGUGCACGGAUAGCUAAGGCAGAAAAACUGAAGACAGAACAAUUGCAUGGUCAAGGCGCACAACUCGGAACUCAAUAAUUUUAACAACCAAUCUCACUGUUUCAAUAUAGAGUUCUCUAAUAUAUUCUGGUCUAUGUAUGCUGCCGACACUAGCUUUCAACAUACUUUGUACAACCCAGCAUAAAACAAAACCUGUAAUGCUAUAUUUUCUAUCCGGAUGCUAUUGUACUUUUCCUAUACAAGUAUAUCUGUGGACUGUUUAAAAUUCUUCU